GAAAUCCAGAUCUAUUUUCCCCUUCCCCUCUCUCACACUAUGUGAUACUACUCUCUAGUCUCUCUCUACACAAAAACCAAUUUCCCACACAGAUCCAAUUCCCCAACAGAUCGGAAUUCCAAUUCCCACCCAACAAAAAAAAAAAAAAAAAAUGGAAAAAUCAUGCACUCUCCUCGUCCACUUCGACAAAGCAACCCCAGCACUGGCCAACGAGAUCAAAGAAUCCCUGGAAGGAAACGACGUCGAAUCCAAAAUCGAAGCCCUCAAGAAGGCGAUCAUGCUCUUGCUCAACGGCGAGACCAUCCCUCAGCUCUUCAUCACCAUCAUCCGCUACGUCCUCCCUUCCGAGGACCACACCAUCCAGAAACUCCUCCUGCUCUACCUCGAGCUAAUCGAGAAAACCGAUUCCAAGGGAAAAGUACUCCCAGAAAUGAUCCUCAUUUGCCAGAACCUCCGCAACAACCUCCAGCACCCCAACGAGUUCAUACGCGGCGUCACGCUCCGGUUCCUCUGCCGCCUCAACGAGUCCGAGAUCGUCGAGCCGCUUCUGCCGUCGAUCCUGUCGAAUCUCGAGCACCGCCACCCGUUCGUGCGGCGGAAUGCGGUGCUGGCGGUGAUGUCGGUCUACAGGCUGCCGCAGGGGGAGCAGUUGCUGGAUUCGGCGCCGGAGAUCGUCGAGAAGUUCCUGACUUCCGAGCAGGAUAGUUCGAGCAAGCGCAACGCGUUUCUGAUGCUAUUCAAUUGCGCGCAGGAUCGGGCGGUGGAUUAUCUGUUCCGGAAUGUGGAUCGGAUUGCCGAUUGGGGCGAGCAGCUCCAGAUGGUGGUGCUGGAGUUGAUUCGGAAGGUUUGCCGCGCGAACAAGGCGGAGAAGGGGAAGUAUAUAAAGAUUAUCAUCUCGUUGCUGAACGCGCAGUCGACGGCAGUGGUUUACGAGUGCGCGACGACGCUCGUGUCGCUUUCGUCGGCGCCGACGGCGAUUCGCGCGGCGGCGAAUACUUACUGUCAGUUGCUGCUGUCGCAGAGCGAUAACAAUGUGAAGCUGAUCGUUUUGGAUCGGUUGAAUGAGCUGAGGAUUUCGCAUCGGGAGAUUAUGGUGGAUUUGGUGAUGGAUGUGCUGCGAGCGCUCUCGACGCCGAAUUUGGAUAUUAGGAAGAAGACGAUUGAUAUUGCCUUGGAUUUGAUCACGCCGAGGAAUGUGGAUGAGGUGGUGAUGAUGUUGAAGAAGGAGGUUGUGAAGACGCAGAAUUUGGAGCAUGAGAAGAAUGGAGAGUAUAGGCAAAUGCUGGUUCAAGCGAUUCAUUCUUGCGCGAUCAAGUUCCCCGAGGUCGCGAGCACUGUGGUGCAUUUGUUGAUGGAUUUCUUAGGCGAUUCCAAUGUGGCUUCGGCUAUUGAUGUGGUGGUUUUCGUUAGGGAGAUCAUCGAGACCAAUCCGAAGCUUCGAGUUUCGAUUAUAACUAGGCUUUUGGAUACGUUUUACCAGAUCCGUGCCGCGAGGGUUUGCUCGUGUGCACUUUGGAUCAUUGGUGAGUAUUGCUUGUCUCUCUCUGAAGUGGAGACUGGGAUCGCGUCGAUCAAGCAGUGUCUCGGGGAAUUGCCGUUUUUUACAGUGACUGAAGAAGGGGAAGUGCAAGAUCAAGGUGCGAAGAAAGUUCAGCAAGUGAAUUCCACCACUGUUUCUUCUCGAAGGCCUGCGAUUCUCGCGGACGGGACUUAUGCUACUCAAAGUGCUGCACUAGAAACUGCAAUGUCGCCGCCUACAUUCGUUCAAGGAUCGUUGUCUUCGACAGGAAACUUGAGAUCAUUGAUUCUAUCGGGCGACUUUUUCCUCGGGGCAGUUGUGGCUUGUACAUUGACAAAGCUCGUGUUGAGAUUGGAAGAGGUGCAGCCAUCGAAAGUUGAAGUGAAUAAGGCAUCUACACAGGCUUUAUUGUACAUGGUGUCGAUGCUCCAAUUGGGUGAAUCAUCGGUUCUUCCACAGCCGAUUGAUAAUGAUUCUCGUGAUAGGAUUGUUCUUUGCAUGAGAUUGCUGUGCAAUACUGGUGAUGAAGUAAGGAAGAUAUGGCUGCAGUCUUGCAGAGAGAGCUUUGUGAAAAUGCUUGCGGAUAAGCAGCACAGGGAGACAGAGGAGCUCAAAGCUAAGGCCCAGAUAUCUAAUGCACAACCAGAUGAUCUUAUCGAUUUCUAUCAUUUGAAGAGCAGGAAGGGUAUGAGCCAACUUGAGUUGGAAGAUGAGGUCCAAGAUGAUCUAAAGCGUGCCACUGGAGAGUUCACAAAGGAUGGAGAUGAUGCAAAUAAGCUCAAUCGGAUUCUUCAGCUUACAGGUUUCAGUGAUCCUGUCUAUGCUGAAGCAUAUGUGACAGUUCAUCAUUAUGACAUAGUCCUUGAUGUUACUGUCAUCAACCGAACCAAGGAGACCCUCCAGAAUUUAUGCUUGGAGUUGGCAACCAUGGGUGAUCUCAAACUUGUUGAGCGACCACAAAACUACACCCUAGCUCCAGAGUCAAGCAAACAAAUUAAGGCAAAUAUUAAGGUCUCUUCAACGGAAACAGGAGUCAUUUUUGGUAAUAUUGUAUAUGAGACUUCCUCAAAUGUUCUUGAGAGAAAUGUUAUUGUCCUGAAUGACAUCCAUAUUGAUAUAAUGGACUACAUCUCCCCUGCAUCAUGUGCUGAUGUGGCAUUUAGAACAAUGUGGGCUGAAUUUGAGUGGGAAAACAAGGUUGCUGUAAAUACUGUCCUUCAAGAUGAGAAGGAAUUUCUUGACCAUAUUAUCAAGUCUACCAACAUGAAGUGCCUCACACCACCAUCGGCUCUAGAAGGGGAGUGUGGGUUCCUUGCUGCUAACCUCUAUGCAAAGAGUGUUUUUGGGGAGGAUGCCCUGGUGAAUGUUAGCAUCGAGAAACAAACAGAUGGUAAGCUGGGUGGAUACAUCAGAAUAAGAAGUAAAACUCAAGGUAUUGCCCUGAGUCUUGGGGACAAGAUCACUUUAAAACAAAAGGGAGGCUCUUAGACUGGACCGGAUGCUUAAUUUCUGCCCAUUUUUUGAAGCUCUUAGCCUUAUUCAGUUCCAACCUUAUUUGUGUCCCUUUGAUGGCAGCAUUACUUUUAGCUGUGUCUUUGUGUCACUUAUUAUUUACAUCUAUAUUAACUUGGAGAUCCAAAUUUGUUAUUGUUUUGAAUUUUGCAUCAGCCGUUGCACUUUUACAAAUAGUGAUAGGCUUGUGAUAAUAUUGGCAUACAUUGAUGUGAGACAGUUUUGUGCUGUGGCCUUAUAUUGUUAUGUCAAACUUUUAGUUGAUUUUUAUAUGAAUAUCAGUACUCUCUCUCUC